AUGAAUGAUAAGGUGGAGCUGGCUGAUGACGGACAAGACUUCAACACAAAAAUUCACGCCUUCAAGAACUAUUUCUGUUACCGGCAUGACUAUUGGUUCAGUGUGGAUCUGUUUACUGACUCGUCGUCAGCGGACCUGGCCCUGCACGAUUCCAAGACGCACAAAAUGAGAAUGUCACCGUUUACCCGAAUUGAUAACUUGGGAGUUAUAAGUCGCUUUUUCGCGGCCAUGGCCUUUGACGAUGAGAUGCCUUUCCUUGUGGAAGACGCCGCAGCGGCUGUAACCACUGCAUCGAGCGAUGACGACCUAGAUCAAUAA